AUGAACACCUUCGAGGAGAUGGAGCCGGAGUACGUCGCCGGCUACGCGGCGGCCCGGGGGAUGAAAGUCUGGACCGUCGGGCCGGUGUCGCUCUACCACCACCAGCGCUCCGCAACGCUGGCGGCGAGAGGGAACACCACCGACAUCGACGCCGACGAGUCCCUCCGGUGGCUGGACGGCAAGGAGCCCUACUCCGUCGUGUACAUCAGCUUCGGGAGCAUCGCGCAGGCGGACGCAAAGCAGGCCGUGGAGCUCGGCCUCGGGCUGGAAGCGUCGGGGCACCCGUUCAUCUGGGUGAUCAGGAACGACGGCGAGUACGACGGAACGGUGCGCUCCUUCCUGGACGAGCUCGAGGCGCGCGUCGCGGGGCGCGGCCUGCUCAUCAGGGGGUGGGCGCCGCAGGUGGUGAUCCUGUCCCACGCUGCGGUGGGCGGGUUCGUGACACACUGCGGGUGGAACUCCAUGAUGGAGGCCAUCACCGCGGGGCUGCCGGUGGUGACGUGGCCUCACUUCACGGGCCAGUUCCUGAACCAGAAGAUGGCCGUGGAGGUGCUGGGCAUUGGCGUCAGCGUCGGCAUCACGGAGCCGCUGUUGUAA